CUGUGUAGCAAUGUUUUUAAAGAAGAUUUUUUAAUUAUUUUUAGUGAAAUAUCUGCGCUAGUGCUAUAGCAGUGAUGUUGUUGACUAACCUAAUCCUGUCUCCUUUGAACUCAGUUAUAAGAGUUUCUAUAAGGCAAAAGUCUUUAAUUUUUUCUGUUAUUUAUGUGGUCGUGAUAUUUGGAAUCCAGCAUUUCAUGAAGGAACGGAGACCCUUCAAACUGCGGGGACCACUGGUCCUCUGGUCCUUCAGCCUGGCUUUGUUCAGUCUCAUUGGAGCCUAUCGGAUCUGGAAGCAGAUGGCCUUCCUCCUCCUUACCAAGGGAUUUAAGCAAUCAGUGUGUAGUCAAUCUUUUUAUGUCCACCCUGUUACCAAGCUUUGGAUAUAUCUAUUUGCACUGAGCAAACUCAUUGAAAUGGGUGACACUCUGUUCAUUGUUCUCCGGAAAAAGAAGCUCAUCUUCCUCCACUGGUACCACCAUAUGGCCACAACAAUUUUAUCCUGGUAUGGCUAUAAGAUUAUGGCAGCUGGGGCAGGGUGGAACACAGCCUUAAACCUCAGUAUCCACUUUGUGAUGUACUUGUACUACGCUGUGGCAGCCAUGGGCAUCCGGGUACCCCACUCCAUCACCAGGCUAAUCACCAUUUCACAGAUCGUGCAGAUUACAGGAUUUGUAAUAAUGAACAUCUUUAUCUUCUUCUGGAAGGACGAUAAGCUCUGCCAAACUUCCUGGCCACUGUUUCUCCUUUCAUCGAGCUUGUAUACCACUUUAUUGGCCCUCUUCCUCAACUUCUUUGUGAAAACUUACCUGAGUCGCAUCCAGAAAUCAAAGUGGAAUUAAAACCAAGGGAUGGAAGAAGAGAUUGGGAUGGAAGUGGGGAGAGAGGGAGAGGAAAAAGAGAAACUUUUUGCUUCUGUCUGGAGCCUAAGUGGCUGAUGGGAUGGGUGUGAUGGGGUUUAGGAAGAGAUCACUGUGGGUAACAGCCUUCAGAGUGACUUGCACAUUGGCCUUUGGUGUAUCUGCCUCACAGUGGGUGGCAUGCCAGAGUGAGGUGCAGGUUGUGGCAGGCUGGUAACAGGAGAAAGGGGAAGAGGCUGGGGUCUGAAAACCUCAGGGCUGUGGUUCUGCUUUUCCUUCUUUGCAUCACUUGGGUUUGCUUUGUGCCUCACUUCCUUCCUGGGGACUGAUAGAAUCCUGCAUGCACCAAAACUCUCCUUGGAAAAAAGGUAGGGAAACUCCUCUCACAGCAGUGAGGACAGCAGUACUGUCCUCUCCAUGGUCUCCAGUUUUGGGGAAGAACAGAGCUCAAACCUGUUCUUCCCCAAAGCUGCUACUCUGCAGGGAAGCCCUAAUAGAUUGCUGGUGGGAACAGCACUGAAAUGGAAAACUCCUGCUCUUUUUUUAAGGUUUUGUAGGGAAGGGAUCUCUCUUGGGCUCUCUCUUCUCCUCUGUGAUGCAAGGAACUGAAUCCCAUGAACUUUAAUGGCUGUUACCUGUGGUGUGCUUCUUGUACAAUAUUAACCCACCUAUUUAAUUUGACUAGCUACUGCCUCAAACCCUAAAAGAUGAGCAGGGUCCAGCUCU